AUGACCGCCUCUCAGGUCUCUGCCUACCCAUCCCACACCUCCAAGCUUCAGGGCCAGGGAAUCUUCUGGAAAUCCUGCCUGAUCCUGGCCAAGGUAGCUGGCUUCAGGUUCCUUCGGAUGGUUGAAGGCCGAGACGCUUCCCAGACUCCACCAAGCACAGCCGCAGAGAGACAGCGGCGGCGCUGCCCGGACGAACUUCUGCCUGCGGCGCUGCCCAGGCCAGCCCAGCCCCGGGAGCGGGAGGGGGCCCGGAGCCCGGGUUUGCAAGCCGAAGGGGCUGCUGUACCCUCCCCGCUCUUUGUCCCCGCAGUUCCGCUGCCCCACACGCGAGGAAGCUCCCACGGCCAAAGCCGCAUCACCCGCAGCGCCUACCCGCAAGACUUCUACCUGGCCCUGAUGGCCGAAGCGAAGCAGCUCUGGGCCCGGCUGGAGGCCGAGUCGGGCACUCAGCUGCACAGGCCGAUGCUCGCCCUGGUGAUGGGACACCCGGAGAACCCCGAGUUCCAGAGCUACAGGCGGACCAUGGAGCACCACCGGUUGCCAUGCGAAAUCCUGACCCCCCAGGAGUUGGCCCACCGGUUCCCAGGGAUCCACCCGUACGGCGGGGAGAUGGCCGUGACGGACCUCACGGCAGGCGUCUUGUAUGCCAACAAGGCCCUCAGAGCUGUGCAGGACCUCUUUCAGAGGCACAAAGGGGUCUUGAGGGACGGAGAGAAGGUUCUCCAAAUCCUCCCGGGAUCAGUGGUCACAGUUACGACCAGCCGAGGGAAGUACCAGGCAAAACGCUUAGUGGUCACAGCCGGUGCGUGGACGAAUCAGCUCCUGGCUCCGUUGGGGCUGCAGCUGCCUCUUCAGCCAUUGCGCAUCCGAGUUUGCUACCUGCGGGCGAAGGUGCCAGGCCCCCAGGGCCUCCUUGGGCAUCCUCCGUGCUUCCUGGGCAUCGGCCUCAACCAAGACGACCAACAUUUCUACGGGUUGCAGGGCGGGGAGUACCCGGAUCUGAUCAAGGUCUGCUAUCACCACGGCUCCCCUACGGACCCCGACAAACCCAACCAGCAGGGUGGGGUCUCUCCUCCAGUGCCCGACCUCCAGCACCUGCAGGAUUUCGUGAGCAAGUAUCUGCCGGGACUCGAUCCGGAGCCCGCAGUCCAAGAAUGGUGCUUAUACACGAACACUCCAGACAGGGACUUCAUUCUGGACCGACACCCCCGUUUUGAAAACAUUGUCAUCGGAGCCGGGUUUUCAGGCCACGGGUUCAAGUUUGCACCGGUCGUGGGAAAGAUCCUGUGUGAACUGAGUCUGGGGGAGCAGCCCACUUACGACCUCACCCCCUUUCGGCUCAGCCGCUUCCGGGGCCCCCCCAAAGCUAGCUUGUGAAAACAUUUCCCGCGGCAACUUCACGAUGGUCCGUCCGAACUGGCUCCAUGACUUGAUCUCCGCAUUUUGCCAAGAUCUUAAGAGGUGCUGCUGGAGGAAAAAAAACACUGUCUUAGGGUGGGAGAUGAAGGGCUCCUUUGUGAUGGAAGAAGUGCAAAGCCCCCUCCCCUCAAAUGCUGUGCCUCCAACCCCGAUGGUGUGCUUUCUAUUAAAUGCCUCCGCUAAAUUCCUGGCUGCUUUACCUGUCCGUCAGUGUCAACCUUGAAUAGUAUUACAGGUAGGCCUCGACCUACAACAGUUCAUUUAAUGGCUGUUCGAAGUUACAACAGCGCUGAACAAAGCGACCUAUGACCAUUUUUCACACUUAUGACCAUUGUGGUCACAUGAUGAUCAAUAUAAAAUGCUAUACAGAUGGCACCUAGCGCCCGCAAGAUUAGCAAAAAUCUAUCCAAAUGUAAGCCCCAAAUGUUGGAAGUGUGGAUUUCACCAAGGUACCUUCUUUCACAUGUGGUGGUCCUGUCCCGAAGUGAUGAUGUAUUGGAGAAAAAUUCAAAAUUGGCUACAAGAAUCAACCAAUGAAAAAAUCAAAUUGAUACUUGAAACAUUUCUCCUGGGAAUACUAAAGACGAAAUACCGGGGGAGAAAAAAGAUAUUUAAUCGUACAUAUACUCACUGAAGCAAGAAUAGCCUACGCCCAGUAUUGGAAAGGAAAGGACACACCACCAGAGGAACAUAUUAUUCAGAAGGUUCUAGAAUGUGCCGAAAUGAACAAAUUAACGUUAGAAUUAAAUGAGAAAGAAGACUCAGAAUAUUAUACGGUGUGGGAUGAUUGGUACAGGUGGAUUGAUAAUAGAAUAAAGAAUAGAUAAAAGUUAAUAUAAAUCUUAAAAUGCAUAUGUAAAUUACGUUAUAUUAUGAUGAAAAGUAAAAGAAGAAUCAAUCUAACCUGUGUAGAAAAAUAACACUGUCUGACUGAUUGUACUGUAUUGUAUUAUAAUAAAUUUCAAUAAAAAAUUAAAAACAAAGAAACAAACAAAAUUCA